AUGGAUUGUGACUCUUCAAGAUUAUCGAGGCUUGUGUCUCUCGAGGAAGUUGAAUUCGACGCUGACAUUGCUGGAUUGGGAGUCCUAAUAGCUUUCGUUGCAACAUCUGCAACAGUAAUCAUCGUCCUGGCCUUUGCGUUUUUCACUCUGUCCGUACCCUCACGACUUCUCAACACGGGAGAUGCUGUCAUGGCUGCCGGAAUAAGACGUGUGUACCAUCGACUACGAGCAUCAUUCCCGAAGCCCAAAAUUGUCAAAGUAGUUGACACCCGAAACGAGCGAGUCACUGCCUACAAGGCUUUCCUACUUUCAACGAGCGAUCAACUUCUUGUUUCUCAAGUCGCUAUUCUCAUCGCUGCGUUCAUCAUAUCUGGCGAGAUAACCAUUUACUCGGUCAAUGUUGUUGUGGCAUUGGGAACUCUCGCAUCAACCGUCCACCUUGGUUGUUUUCCAUUCUAUCUGGAUCGCCUGGUAGACAACAGUGUCGCAAAGUUUGUCCGAGUACUUGCUAUGGUUUCAGGAUCUGGCAUGCUCGUUUUUAUGCUCAUUGUCCAGUUGUCUUACAGUUGGGAUAUGGAAACGCAUGUCUACUUUGCUUGUGCUGUAAGGGACUUCAACAUGGACGGAGGCACUAUUUUAAUUAGCUUCACCAGUCUAUUCGUUCCUCUUACCGUACUCUAUGGUACGUACGAGACGGUUCAGCUUCUAUACACAAAGGGGCCACGAGACAUUGAAUCAGCCGGUAGACACUCUCAGGGCCAGCAAAUUGCAUCACCACCAGCAGGGCUCGGUAAUGGGAGUAAUGUCACGGCUGGUCCUGACAUUGAAAUGCAACCGAUGCGGGUCGUUCCGACACGAUUGCAACAGUUCCUUGACGGAAAUUCCACGCUGAAUCUCAGUACGAUCGAGAAAGAAGCACUGAUCUUACACAUUGAGUUCAACUUGACAAAUGACACAGCUCACUCAGACCAACUUAAAAAGACACACCACCAACUACAAUUGGAACUAUCCAACCAACGUCCCAAGACAACAACCGUCAAGGAGAUAUGGCGCAAAGUUCGUGAAGGGGAGCGAAACACCCUUCUAAACCAUUGGCUUCAACUGAAAGCUUUGGAUCUUCUUAAAUCCGAAUCCAGAAGCCGAUCUCAGCUAUGGCUUCCAAUUGUUUGGAUAGUUGAGCGAUGGACAUUUCACCAGUGUCGUGGCUCCUUCGUAUGGAGACUGUUCUGGCUUUGGUCUGGUAAUGUCUAUGGAGUUGCGUCCAUCUUCACCUUUCGUGUCACUACAAUAGGCAUGUCUGGUGACCCAGAUCAUUGGGGCUUUGGACAGAUUGUCCCACUGGCUCUUCUUGCACUGCCUCUGUUUGCGGCUAUGGGAAGCCACGCAGGUAAGUACUCUGAUGACCAUGACAAGAAUUCAUGUUUUUCUAACCUUAUCCGAGAUUACAAAAGACAAGUCAAGUCGAUAAAGGAGAAUCUGGCCAAACGCACGGCUGCGAAUCUUACAGUGGCCACGGAUCAGCAACCUGCACAAGACGCAGUAUCUCCAGACGAUCUUGAAGCCAUUCGAUUUGUCAGCCAAAUCUUUCAACAGGGGGCCAAUGAUUUAGGACACCCGUAUCUUUACGGCUGGGUGAGAGGUGUCUCACUUGACAGAUCAUCAAGUCUGCAGAUAGGUGCUGGCUUCCAGGCGAUAGUUAUGUUCGCCAUCACCACAAUCCUAGGCUUUUUCAUGGCCUGGGGUACAGCUAAUAUGAACAUCUCCAUGCUUACUCUACUGGCGAUCAUAAUGAUCCGCAGAAUUGUAGACCUUGUUUUGUUUGCUAAAGCUACCACAGACAUGCCCGAAAUCCUUGAGAAACUAUAUGGAGACACUUUGGACGAGCUUUUGCAGGCAGGGGAUCAAGCUGAGCGUAUGGCGGGAGCUCAAGCGGUAGGGGAAACUAAUGAAGAGGUAGAGGAAGAGUAG